AUGGCUAAUAAUCAGGAACCGAACAGUCACUUCGAUCCCAGUGCAACUCCCCGGCUUCGAUACCCGACCUUCCCUCCGCUAAGCCGCUCCGUCGAAGAGUGGUUGUCUCAAUCACGACCGACCAUGUCGGCCAACCAUCUACAAUACGAACGUCCGUCUAGUGCCCUUAGCGAGAGCUGGGCUACACUCAGUGUUUCGGAUAUCCACUCUGAAGAUGGAACUCGAUCUGAGCAGACAGACAUGGCUUCUCUGAUCGACCAGAAUGGUCCAGAUGAUGUAGCUAGUCUCGACGAUCGAGAGAGCAGCAGUUAUGACGAAGAUGACGUCCAUCACCUCAAUAGUGAAGAAGAAGAUGAUGACGUGGAUAACGAAGACAACGAGGAUGGAGAGAGUGCCAUGUCAGAUUCACAAGAACUUCCACUACCUCUAUUUGCUCGUGAAUUGCCAUCUGUUGAAGGCAGCAACCUCACAACCAAGCCCUACAUGUUCCACUCAUCUGACUCGAUUGAAUUCUCAGAGCCGGAAAAUUGGCCUGAGGAACAACGGGUUCAGCUCAAGCAUACAAUCAACAUUCUAAAUGACGGGGAAACCGCUGCAUUGAAGAAACAGCUUCCGAUGAACCUUGACGACUGCCAGCUAGCCAUCACCGUGCAGCAGACUAUGAUGAAACAAGGAUUAGAUCUAGACAAGCCUUUCCGCGUGCUCUACAUGGGUAAUCCCGAGUUUCGCAACAUCAUUCUCGACAAGAUCGGCGAUGUGCUGGUGUCGAGCUCGACUCGUAGCUUGGGAAGCAGCUCAACCGAGUCUUCUCGCUAUCAUGUGGUGCCUACCUCCUUUGGCAUUGGCGCUACACCAAACUACGCAGAGCUUCUUCCUAUCCAUGUCCAGCUAAUCGUCGACGAGUGCAUCGGUGCUGUCUCAGAGUCUCACCGAACGCCUAGUGGCACCGACAUUACGCUCAACUUCAAGAACCGUCCAUCUUGCUCAUCUGUCUGGACUGGAUCGGAGCAUCAGAUUCAUUCAGAGACUGAAUGGACCAUUCCAGAUCUUUCAAUCUUUCUUGUUUCAGAUCGGGAUGAUGAAGCCAGUAUGCGUUCUAGGCACCUCGCUCAGAGCUUCAUGAAGAUGCAUGGCAUUCCCGUAUUGAUCAUCUCAGAAGAGCCUCUCUGGAAGAAGCCUGGUCAGCAUCUCUUUCCAUUUGAUCAUCAGAGCUUACACCUCUGUCUGGAAUCUCGUCGUCCUCUCACAGGAGAAACUGUGGUUGUUGAACGCUACCCGAUUGAUAUCAAGACUUUUGAAUCCAUAACCCCGAGCCAAUUGAACCGGCAUCUCGCAUCCCUCUCAGAACUGCAUCCUAGGAAGCAGUCUACGAGCUCUGCAACGCUACCACCAAAAUCUAUCGAACCAAAUCUCUUCUAUGAUACGGAGAAGUAUCCAUCAUCGAGCUUCUUGUCUGUAUGCAACGGACGUGCUCAGGAGUUUGCACCUUUGCUUCGCAUGAUGAUGCUAUCGAUUGUCCUCGCUAUUUCGGUGUCUCUAGGAUAUACUGCCUUCCGUACUGCGACUACCUUCGUGUUACAGCUCCUUGGAGGAGCAGCCAUAUCCUCGUCGGCUGCUAGUGUCGCUUCAAGCACAAUCACCACAGCGACAACAAUAUUUCCUUCUGCCAACACCGGACUGGCUUCACUUUCACUAAAACCACAUUCUACUGAUUUGAGUGAGCGGUUCGAGGCGCUAUCUGUUUCACCUGUAGGCGAUAUCUCCGAUAUUUCUAAACUGCUUGAGGAUCGACCAAACAAAAACGACGGCUUUCAAUUUCAGGUUGUUGGAGAUUGUCAUGUCAUCAUCAAGCAACCCACUGCAGCAAAGAAGGUUAGAUUCGAUGUCAAGGUGACACGAGGAAAUGCCUCAUUGCCUUACGAACUAGAAAAACUGUUUGAUGGUGUUUACACGCUUCGACUGAGUCGUGAGGAUGCAUAUGGACUCGUCAAUGUUACUGUAUCAACACGGUCUAAGCAACCACGGGAAGAGACCCUUGAAGUAGACUUUGGUACGCCAUGGUUGAAGAUUGAGAAUUGGAAGCGGGCGGCGCACGCAGUAUCGUCACAGAUCAAGAGGGAUUUGGAUACUGCUCAGAUCGGACUCUCAGAUAUCUAUGCUCGUCUUUCCACAGACGUCCAAGAGUGGAUGGGUGAUGCAGUAAAGAAGUCGCACAACAUACGCAAGGAAGCAGAGUCUCUUCGCUACGAUAGAGGACAGCUCAAGGCCAACGUUCAUAGGAUUAUGAGACAGUCCAAGGAAAUUAGCGACCUGGUCACACGUAGUGCGUCACGGCAAAUCGAUGCAGCUUCCGCGGCCUUGGAGAAGGUACAGAAGCAUAGCAUCUCUAUGAAUAAAGCAGCCCAAUGCAUGCUCGAGGAGGCUUCUAGCUUUCUAGGAACUCGAUUGAAGGAUAUCGACGGUCUGGUACACGAUGCUAUUCCUUCAGACAUCUUGUCGCGAGCUCAAAAAUCUGCAAAGAAACUAACAGCACACAACUUUUGGCCUCCACACCGACCAUGA